CGAAAGGGUUUCCAGGUUUUCAAAGGAGAAAGUCCGUUUUAAUAACCAUCUUUUCAUUGAUUGCAUUCCAGAAGAAGCAGAUUAUCCACUUAUUCCUCGUACGGAAGAGAAGAAGGAACGGAGGAAGGAAAAAAAAAAACUUUAUUCAUCCAAGACACUUUUUACACUGCAACACAAAAUACCCCCAUCCCCUUUGUCCAUCACACUUGUUUUCUCAUUCCUCACCUAAAAGGGUAUCAUCGUUCCUUGUGACGUCCAAACCAUCCACACAGCUCUUUUGAGAAACGUUCCGUACAAAUGUCAUCGUCAGGUAUGCCCACUAUAACGUCGACUACGACGUCUGCAACCAAGUCUGGCAUGCCAGUGAUCACGGUUACUGAAGCCGGGUCCACAACGUGGACCACACCAGAUAUAACACCACCAGCUGCGGGCGAUAAUCCAAACAUCUGGAGAUCAAGUGCUCCCUCGGGAACAGUGUUCAUUGCAGUGGGAGCCGUCGCAGGGUUCAUUAUGGUUAUCUUUGCCCUUGUGCUUAUCUUGAGAAACUGGUUGGCGAGACGUACUGCGCGUGAGUCUGUUGUUCUGGAUGAUAAUAACUCGACAAACUCCUUUGGAUCUGGUGGGCUGAUGGAGAAGAACCAGCUAUACCAUUCAUCUUCAGAUUUGAGAAAGAGCGUAUCGCAGGGGAAGAUACCGUUGCUGUACUCAACAUACACAAAGGAGUUUUCAAACGACUCAGUUGCUGAUUUUUCAGACCCAGGCUAUACAAGAUCACAUGAGAAUAUCUUCUCCACAUUGGAUGCCACUGAUAAUAAGAGGAAAUCCAUGUUCAUAUCUCCAACUGCAGAGGUCAUGGGCUUGAAGAGCCAACCUCCAAACCAACGCCAUUCCAGGGUACUGUCCAGUCUGAGUAACAUUGCAAGCACAACCACGGUUAACGGGGGUGGAUCAGAGGUUACAUCGUCUUAUCAGACACCACCACAAGUUGGGUCAAGGUUCAACAGACAUGAACGUACUGGAAGUUAUGAUAACUACGGCGAAGUUUCACUAACGAGUCCAGAGAGAGGAUCUCAACGUGAGUACAAGAGUCGUUCCAGAGCUGUACCUUCACAAUACCUUGAUUCUAUGUUUGAAGAUUAAACUGCAUUUUGUAUUUUAUUUUGAAGGAUAAGACCAGAAAUAACACGCAAACAUUAUU